UUGCGCUGUCGUUCCAUGCGCACCUCUCGCUAUCGCAACCGCAUAUUUGUUAAGCUGCCAAAGCUUUAAAGCUGCAAAGCAUUUACGUACUUCUCUUUCUGUGUGUGUGCGUGCGUUCGAGUUUGUUUAUGUGUGUGUGUGAUACACACUUGUCUCUGCAUCUGUGACGGUGUGAGUGCUCGUGUCUAACGCGUAACGAAAGCGAAAGUUUUGUUGCGCGCGUGUUGCCAGCAGCAGCAACAACAACAACAACAACCAACAACAACCUAUGAUUGCACACACGUCGUUGUCGUCGCCGUCGUCGUCGCCGUCUUCGUAGUCGUCGCUGUAGUCGAUGUCACAGUCGCUGUCGCUGUCACAGUCGCAUUCGUCAUUGUUGUUGUUUGUGUUGCUGUUUUAUUCUUACCUAGAAUUGAUUAAAGGCGUGUGAAAACAACAACAACAACCACAACAACAACAACAACAACAAAAUGCUCAUUAGUUUCAAUGAGCGUGCAAUAAAUUAAAUAAAACGUGUUUAUGCUGCCAUAUUCAGCGUCUCUCUUUCGCUUUACCUACUGCUAUCUCUAUCGGUGUGUGUGCCAGUGUUUGUGCCAGCCAUCAAACAAAGAAGCCAACAGCUGUUAAGCGAAAACAAAAAAACAACAACUUUAAUCGCCAGCCAUUCCAGCAACAUUUACUGUUAAACGCUUUCAAACAUCCAUCGGUUCCACAAUGGCGCCCACCGUCUGCUCGGAGAAGAAAGUACGCGUUGCGGGCAUGAAGGAGGCGCGACGACGUGGCAACAUGGGCGUGGCCCAGUCAACAACAAACACAAGCACAGCUGUGACAGCAGCAACACAAGCAGCAGCAGCUGGAGCCAUACAGAACAGCGUUGUGCUCAACUAUGUUGCCAAAGGUUCAACGCACUCAGCGGGUCGUCAGCAAAGGCGUCGCAUGGUUCGUGUGCCCUCCAGACUGCAGCAUAUCUCGAAGAACAUCAUAUCGUCAUCAACAUCAUCAUCAUCUUCAGAGUCUGAACAGCAGCUGGAGCGCAUGGAACUGGAUGAAUACACCAACAGUGAUUACAACGAGGCAACAAGCAUACAGAUAUCGCGCACACAUUCCAGCGGCAGCAGCAACAACAACAUCAACAUUAAAACAGUAUUACAACCCACAACAGCCAACAGCAAUAGCAAUAACUACAUCUUUGGAAAUGGCGGCAACAAUAACAAGACAUCAACAACAGCCAAAUUCUGUGAUCAAAUGCCAAGUGCUGAUGAUGAAGACGACGACGACGAUGAUGAUGAGGAGGAGGAUCAGGGAGAUGGCGACAGUGGCUAUGAGUUUGCAUUGGAGCCAAUCAAGCCACACAUUCAGCAACAAUAUCACUCACACAAUGAGGGACUACUCUCCAUAGCCCUGAAGACUAUCAAGCUGGUGCAGCGAAAUAAAUUGCUACAGAAGCGUUUGGCUCAGUUGCAGCUAGAGACGUCCGAGUUUAUUGCCUCGGUGCUGGCUAAUCCCGAGAAUCGUCAUUUCCGUGACAAAGUCGCGGUUAAGGCGGAAUCGCCCAGCAAAGUAAGCAAUGUUUUGCUGCGUCAUUAAGCGAUAAACAAUGAUGAAAAAUUGCUGCAUACUUUUGGGCGGUAGCCAGAAAUAAAAAAAAACCCAUUCCGCUGUGUCACAGAA